GAUGGACGCUGCCAGUACCUUCCGAUAUUACUUCAAGCACCCGUGGUCGCGCAUCACCGUGGCCUACCUGGUCAUCUUCCUCAACUUCCUCAUCUUCGCCGAGGACCCGGUGUCCCACAGCCAGAAGGAGGCGCGCAUAGUCGUGGUGGGCAACUGCUUCUCCUUCCUUUUCAGCAAGUACCCAGGAGAGGGGUGGAACGUUCUCAAAGUGGUGUGCUGGCUACUGGCCAUUUUCACCGGCCUCCUCGCUGGGAAGUUAGUAUUUCACCAACAGCUUUUUGGUCGAUACCUGCGCUUGAAAGUGUUCCGCGAGGAUCAUGGCUCCUGGAUGACCAUGUUCUUCAGCACCAUCCUCUUCCUCUUCAUCUUCUCGCACAUCUAUAACCUCGUCCUGCUGAUGGCUGGUAGCAUGGAGUUUCACAUGGUGACGGAUCACAUGGGCAUCAAGAACGCGACUUUUAUGAAGAUUGCUGCAGUGGGUACCUGGAUGGGGGACUUUGUCACUGCAUGGAUGGUGACAGAUAUGAUGCUUCAGGAUGAUAAUUAUCCAGACUGGGGGAAAGCUGCUAGAAGGUUCUGGAAACAAGGCAACAAUAGGAUUGUCCUCUUCUGGACCGUGCUCGUCUUGCUGACGUCAGUGGUUGUUCUAGCCAUCGUUUCCGACUGGAUCUGCUGGGACAGCCUGAACCAAGGCUUCUUGCCCAGCGAUGAGGUCUCCAGAGCCUUCCUGGCCUCCUUCAUCUUGGUCUUCGAUCUCCUCAUUGUCAUGCAGGACUGGGAGUUCCCUCACUUCAUGGGUAACCUGGAUAUAAAUUUGCCAGGCUUGUCAACCUCACAGGUGAAUUUCAAACUUCCUGUCUGCAAAAGUAUCGUCAAGGAGGAGUACCACAUUCAUAUCACAGGUAAGUGGUUCAACUAUGGCAUCAUCUUCCUGGUGAUGAUUUUGGACCUGAACAUGUGGAAGAACCAGAUCUUCUACCAGCCGUAUGAGUACGGUCAGUAUGUGGGGCCCAAAAAGGAGAUCUUCAACGUGGAAAAGCCAGACACACUCAAGAAGUUCAACCGCAGCACGCUGACUUUCGAGUGGCGCUCCACCAACGUUGACCCGAGCACCAACCGCGCCUACGUGAAGCAGGACAUGUUUCUGCACAGCCGCUACAUCGGGGCGAGCAUGAAGAUCAAGUGGCUGGCCUUCAUCCCCAGCCUGAUGGCAUUCUUCAUCUUCGGCUUCUUCGUCUGGCGGCUGGGUCGAUUCCAGAACAGCAAGACCUUGACGGAAAACCAAGACAGGAGCUACGAGCGGAUGAUGAGGAAGUCGCCGACCGAAUAUAGCAAAGAGAUGGGUGCCACCCCCGAAGAAAUGCAAGAUUUCAGCGUGUCGGACAGCCUCAAGCCCUCGGGAACGUCCGUGCUGCUCUUGGUGGACGGAGCGCACUUAGCAGCGACGCCCUCUGCCAGCUUGACGGAAACCCAAGAGACACACCCCGGUGUUGCGAUUGACGCAGAGCCGCCUGAGGAACCGGGCGUCUUUCCAGACACCCCGUUCCUCAUGUGGCUCGGUGUCAAUCAGGAGACUGAGGUGUGCGAGGAACCGGAUGUCUCUCAAGACGUCCGCCAAGAGUCGCCAUGACCUACGAACUCAGAGAGCCAUAUCAGCCUUUCUGCGUAUAUUUUCUUAACGCUUUCUUGUGAAGCCAAAACUGUUCGACAGAUCUUUCCAGGCACAACUUUGGCACGGUGCUUCCUGGGAUAUUUUGCAUUUCCACAAUUCAGUGCCUUUUACCCAAGGCCUUUUCCUUGACUGCCACUGGUCUCAGGUCCCAUUCGUCGUACCACAGCGACAGUCGUGCCUUGACAUUUCAUACACUUCACAAAUAUAAACCUCGAUCAGUACAUAGUACUUGAAGAUGUUCUAUUUAUGAUAUUUAUGAUCUGCUGCAGUCAUCUUAUGCACACUUUGAUACCAACUUCAUCUCUUAGCUGUAAUCAGAGUACAGGGGGUCCUCGGAUUAGAACAGUCCAGACAUAACAGCGUUUUGAGGUUACAAACGUUGCACAAAUAGCUAGUUUGCGCAACGGCGUAAGAAUACGUGUGCACAAGAAGCACACUCACCGCCAUACUUACUGUUUUUCAUUCGAUUAGUUGAUAUUUAGGGUCCAGAAAUGUUUUUUUCAUACAAAUGUGAAGCAUGAUUAUGACUUUACUACAGUAAACCCCUGCUUUUUGUUGGGCCUAGCGACUGUUGUGCUGCCAAUAGCAAAAAAAUGCAAGGAAUUACAACUCCUUAAAUGUUAAUGGUUGCCUACAGUAAUAGUUUAAACCCAAAAUAUACCCUGAGCUAUGAGCCCCAAAUACUUUAAUAUAAUUUCAAACGCUCUAAAAAUAAAUGGCUUUCAGAUUAUUUGAUGUGCGAGGAAAUUGGCAUCUAUGACGUCACUUCACAAUCUGUAAAAAGAGCAAUGGUCAAGCAAUAGCGUUAGCUUAGGCGUUUUAAAAAAAAAAUACAAAUGCGGCGAAGACUCACUUUAACUUCCAUUAACAACCCGGGCUAAACAUUCACUGCUCUUUUUCUCACAGUCAAAACAUUAUCACUUCAACAAUACUUCCUUGACACCAAUUUAUACUUAUCUAUUAGCCAUGACGUUGGUGCCAUUUUGUGGCACCUUAGGGCUUUACAGAAAGAGCACAAAGCGGGCAUAGGUACGUUUGCGAUUAGCUGAGGAUUAGAUUCACGAAAAAAAACCAAAAACAGAAUAGGUGUAUUUGUGAAAACGAACCCAAAAUAGGCGGGGCUCAAAGUACUGCCUUCACUUAGUAGUGAUAGACUAUGGCGUGUUUUGACUUGCGUACACAUUUGGGUUACAUCGCUAUUGUUAACCAAGGACCCCCAGUAAUAUUCAUUCGCUAAUCUUGACAAAUAACACCUUUGAAAGGCGUUGACCAACUCCAUCAACAGGAAACCCAACAAGACACCUCAAGAGUUUGUGCAAUUCUCACUCUUCUAAAUAAAAGCUGACCACGUUCACCUGGAGUAGAUUGGAGUAGCAUGAUUAAAUCUGUGAAAUGAAGACACACCAAUAUAGAUUGGUGUUUCUACAUUGGCUUAGCCAAACGUUAUUGGCAGUCAAAAGUUCACUUUUCAUGUUCAUGGUUUCAAUUGUGGCUUGUUGUGAUAAGCAGAAAGGAUUUGGUUCAGAUGUUUGGGUAUGCCUAAGAAGUCUCGAUGCCAUAAACUUGACUUUUUAAACAUUUUCUUUUACAAAGAAAACCUUCAAAACUUUGGAAAUGCUUAAUCAUUUUUAAUAGUUCUGUAUUUUUUGGAGGAUAUAAUAGAAAACUAAAGUAUUCUAUAAAUACAAAGACGCACAUUUUAAGUGUCUCCAUAAACUGUUGCUCAAAAUUGUGGGAAAUGUUGGAAACUCCUCAUGGGAAUCUACGUGAGGCAAAGGUUUGCGGUGCGCGUGCGGUGUGAACGUAGCAUAAGAAGUCUUAAAUCUUGACGCUUAAUUGUUGUAGCAAGCAGCUAACAAAUUACAGUGCUGCCUUGAGCUGCAAGUGACCCGACUUACAAGUUUUCUGAGAUAAGCGCCAUCGUUGGAACGAUUUGUAUUUUUUUUGCUUUGAUUACAAAGCAAAAAUUGAUAUACAAUUGCUGUAUGGCGGCGGUAAACUGAAGUCACUUUACAACAAGCAGCAGUCUGGCACAGUCAACAAUUCUUCAGAAAAGAAGCUUCGAGCUGUUUAGUGCCACUCCCAUUUGAAGUGUCAAACUAAACAUAAAACAAAUAAUUACACUUUGGGUAUUUAAAACAGCCACAUAACUUUGCCUUAAAUUCUGCUAUUUUAUAGUAUUUAAGGUAUAAUAUUAUAGAUUGCUCUUUUUCUUAUUAAGAAAGAGACAUUCCAAAAGUUUUUGUUGUUGUUUUUUAGUAGGUCGGAACAGAUUAAUGGUAUUUCCAUUCUUUUCAAUAGGGAGGGAUGAUUUGAGACAUGAGUGUUCUGAGUUACAAGCGUGGUAAUGGAAAGACUUCAACUUUUUUUAUUGAAUUUUUUUCAAGGCGCUAUAGUGUCGGGAAAAUGUUAGUUUCAUUCAACAUUUAUAAUUGUACUUAGUUACAGUACUAUUCACAAAUUAACCAAAAGUUUAAAAAAAACAAGCAAUAUUUCUUUUUAGUUUCAGUUUUUAUUUAUUUUAUUACAGUUGAAAGGUUUUCAAAAUGACCUCUUAACUUGCUGUGUGUAAAGUCUUUCCUAUUUGCAACUUUAUGCCAGCCUUCUCCAUCAAAGUGGAGACCUGGCUUUGCCUUGUUCCAAAGUGCCCGCUUUUGUCCUCUUUUUUUUGUGCCCGUUUGGUGUCGUACUAUGUAGAUGCACAUUUCUUUCUUUCAAAUAUUGUCCUUCAAAAGCUUUGUAAAACAUCUCCUGAUUGCUACCAUUUUCCUCCCUUUUUUUUCUGCAUAUAUUUGUGACAACCUCAUACGGAGAAAGGUCUAAUUGAAUAACAAACGUAUUACUCACAGACAUAAGUGCAAUAAUAGGAUUUGCCUUUGCAUUCAUCCAAAUUAUAAGACACUCAGUGCAUGACACUGUAAUAUUGGGAAUGCGUUUCACUUUUAAAAGGAGCCAAAAUCUAAAAGAAUAAAUCAAUAAACAUUUAUGCACUUACAGGAAUACUAACCCAUCUGAUUAAAUAUUGACUUUGGUGGCGUAAACACAGUUUCAUAAUCUCUCUGAAUUUGAUAUUUACAAAUAUGGUAUAUUGUAAGCACUUUCUUUAAUUAUACAGGUUUUAAUGAACAUUUAGUCAGCCAUUGUGUGGAUAUUUAAAUGACGUUUGAUUUGACAUAAGAGGCUGUAUAUUUUUCAUUAUACAUGGGCGUGCAUGCGGCCACUGGGUGAAGCGGUGGAUGUAUUUCCCAUAAUAUUCUGGAAGCGCUCGGUCGUGUAAUUUAAACAUGAAAUGGACCUAUGAAGACAUUAAGUGUUCAUUUUGUAGGGGGCUUUAAUGUGUCGCUAAUGUAAAAACAUCGCUUCUUGUUUGUUUGUUUGUUUUUUCAAAGGGGACAAAAAAAAUCAUCGUUUGCUCAAUGUAUUCAAAAU